AUGAAUGAAUGUUCACUACAGAUUCUUUCGCCGCGGUCGUUAUUGUUGCUCCGUCUAACUCUGGCUACGUUUUGCACUGCUAUAACAAUCGCGAGUGGUGUACUAAAGGCUGACCCAAGAUGGUUCAUUUACCUUACCAACUGGAGUUUUCUUCUUCUCACCGUGACUAUGAUUGGACUGACGCUAGUUAGCAUAAUCAGGGAAUAUGAAAAUAUAUCGAGUUCAACUGAAAAUGCUUCACAAGAGAUGCGCAAUUGUGGUGCCAUAAUUACCGCGAACGCGGAAUGUGCGUCUUCACAAAAUAAUGCGAAUAAAGUUGGGCCUAGCCCUACCUCGUUAACUUGGUACGAAAAAGGCGUUUGGAUUUUGUGGAUUGUUUCAUCAAAUGCUGCAUUAGUUGUUACAUUAAAUUAUUGGCUUCUGGUAUUUCAACCUCCAACAGACUUUAUGGAUAUUGCUGUUCAUGCGCUCAAUUCCUUUGUCAUGUUGGUAGAGUUUUUUAUGAGCAAAACACCCGUGAGAAUCCUUCACGUGUUGUAUGUAAUGAUAUUUGCAAUAGUGUAUAGUUUAUUCAGCGUUAUUUUCUGGGCGGCUGGAGGAGUGAACGUUAAAGUGCCCCUGACACAAAAUGCGAUUUUUGCACCAUGGAAAGUUUUAGAUUACGAAAAUGGUGAACCUGCAGUAGUCUCAGCGGUAUUGCUCGGCAUUAUAUUUUUAAUAUCACCAAUUCUACAAUUAACCUUGUUUGGUCUGCAUCGACUAAAGCAGCGUUACUUGCGGAAAAAAAGGGACGCAAUUUAUGGAAACAUAAAUCUUGCUUUGUAA